AUGUUUGGCUGGGGUCCUGGGAUGAACGCCCCCUCGGUCAGUUCAGACCCUGAAAAAGAACGCAAGCCCCCCGCAAACCCAACCCCGCUCGACUUCCCCGUGUACCGGCUUCCCGAUGUGGUCCCCCACCCCGCCGAGUCGACAUUACCUGAUAUGUUCGACCUGCUGGCCUCCAUCAAGCGACCCCAAGAUAUCUCUCUGGACCGAUUUGCCCCGUUGAACCUCAAAGUCGACCAUGAUGUGGAAAUUCGCGACAUGUUCCCACAGGAUCAAGCACUGUCUGUCCCGCCUCCACCGUGGGAAAAAGGUCCGGAAGUCCCCGCCGGCGCAGACCAGACUCGUCCAUUGAUGAGCAAUGGCCUUCCAUAUCCUCCCAAGGAACGAUAUGAACUUCUGGCAGAGGAGCUCAUGCUAAAUGAGGACGACGUCUUCCGGGAAGUCGCCCGACUGCCUCCCCGCGAGGGACGGGAUCGUGUCCGCGUGACCCAAACAAGGAAAUUCUGGGCUCAACUAGAGUGCAUGUCACAAUACUGGGAUACAAGUCUGGAUUGUUACUUCGAGCGGCCGGCGACACCAGACCAGAACCCGCCUGAACGGGAGAGCAAAGGGGACCAAAUGGCGAUCGAUAAUGAAACAGAGCUGACCGAAACAAAAAUGGAUCUGGACCAAUUGGAGACUUCUGUGACCUCUAGUGACGGUGCUGUUCAAACAGAAUCUUCUCAUCUCACUGUGGCUAAGUACACAGGUCGUCGCCUUGGUGCUGGUCACGAGAUGCCUGACGAUGUCCGAGAUGAAACCAUUCGCUCUUUUCUAGAGUUGGCAGCUUGGCCAUUUGGGUGCCAGGUUUUUGUUCCAACUUUACCCCCGCGUUUGACGGUCAAGAGCUUGCUCUUCCCUGUACGUCAAUCCUUCCAGGCAGCUCGGUCUCCACGAGACCGCCAGGUCGCUCGGAAUGGCAUUCUAGAAGGGCCCGUUCUUAUCGCACAAUGCCGUCCCGAGAUUGGUUUCAGAAAUGAGGGCGAGGCACCUGGAACUGGUCUUGGAGAAGUAUGCGACUUGUUUCGCGAAGUGGGCGGCAUGUUGCUUGCAGCACAGGAGCGCGCCCGCGAGGGAGGUGUUGAGCAGCGACCUGGAGAGGGUAAGUGGUGGACCACUAUACCACGAUUUGGCGGUGCUCCGAAUGAUGGGAUCCUGGAUGACCUCUUAAAUGGUGGUAUCCAUGGAAUCCCUAUACCAGAAUCUAUGCUUAGUGCGGCUCAUAGCCAGCCUCACGCUUCUGUACCUGAGGCGGAGAGCGCACCCAAACGACACAAAUUCGAGCAUCCGUUUGUGACUUCUUUGGGACGUCGACCGAGUGCUAUGCGGAAGCUAUCCAGUGGAGAGAAAUGGAAGAUUAUCCAACCUGGUCCCAGUCUUUGGGAUAAGCGCAUGCGAUACAUGCAGAUUGGCAAAGCUAGGGAUAGUCCAUUCGAUGAUAUAUACAUGGUCACAUCGAUCAACCACCACAUUGCGAUCUUGCAUCUCCGAGUUCACCGGAGGUAUAUCGACAUCCUCACCUCGGGUGAAAGUGAUUUCCCAGAGGAGUCCGAUAACCCAGACCAGCCCUGGCAUGUACUGAAGCUGCAGCGCAGCAGAUGGUACGACUUGCUUGAUGCAAAAGAUCGAGUCGAGGGACUCAAGGGCGUUUGGAGCCUGUUCCACUACCAGCAAAGACCGAUCUGA